AGUUUCAUUCACUCAGUCACAUCUUUGGUCGAAAUAUGGCUGGUGUUAGGUUGGUUUGGCAAUGUAUGUUUACGCCCAAGUUAUACAAAGUAUACAGUGACGCCGCAGUGUACGAACCCGGUCAACUAGAAAAAUUUGGUGACCAAGUCAUUAACUCGUUAUAUCUAGCUUGGAACUUUGGGAUUUAUACAUCACCAAUUGUAGCUGCAAUAUUGCACAGGAAAGGCUUAUUUGUUGUUGAUGGAGUGCUCACAAUAGCCAAGUUUAUUACUGGUCUUGGACUCGUACUAGUUGCAUCUUACUUCAUUCGAGGUAUUGGCAGGGCCAAUAAUCAGCAGUACAUAAGAUUUGUGAGGGCCUUAAAUGCAGCAAAAAAUGAUUACAACAAAGACACAAAGAAAGCUUUAUCAGCAUAUGACUUCGAUUUCUAUGCAUGCCCAGUUGACUUCCGAUGGACUGAAGUUGUUGGGGAGGAGAAGAAAUUCAGGAUGUACGCCGACAGACCAUCGGUUCGAGGUUCAGCAGUUGAGAACGUAUUUGCUAUACCUUGUCACAUUCUCACUUACAUCAUUGCUCACACAUUUGGAGUGAAGUUAAUGUAUCCUGGAUCUAUGAAGAUGAUGCAGUACAUGCUGUUCCCAAUGCUACUACAGGGUAGAACAAAGUUGAUCACUGAACACAAUGGUCAGCGAUAUAAGCUGAAAUCAAGGGAUGGAAAUGAAAUUGACACCAUGUUUGUAGACAAUAGAAACAAACAUGAAAAUGGAAGUGUCUUAAUCCUCUGUUCAGAAGGAAAUGCGGGAUUUUAUGAAAUUGGGAUUAUGACCACUCCAAUAGAAGCAGGUUAUUCUGUACUGGGAUGGAACCAUCCAGGUUUUGCUGGCAGCACAGGAGCACCUUAUCCACCUCAAGAACUUCAUGCAGUUGACAUUGUAAUGCAGUUUGCACUUCACAAGCUCGGGUUCAUGCCAGAAAAUAUAGUACUUUUUGGCUGGAGUAUUGGAGGAUAUGCAACAACAUGGGCAGCAAUGAACUAUCCCGAUGUGAAAGGAGUGAUACUGGAUGCUACAUUUGAUGAUGUUAUGACAUUAGCUGUCACGCGAAUGCCACAAUUGCUGGAGCCUAUUAUAAGACAAACUAUACGCAACCAUUUGAAUCUUAAUAAUUACCAGCAGCUGGCUAGGUAUCCUGGGGCAGUGUUAAUCAUUAGGAGAACUGAAGAUGAAGUAAUUUGUACAGAGGACAUGAAUCUUGCCUCAAAUAGAGGUAAUCACCUGUUACUGAAAUUAUUGAAACACAGGUAUCCAUUGAUUGUAGACAAUGAAACAGUACCAACUUUAAUUGAAUGGCUUAGUGCUGACAGUACUCAGCAAUCUCAGUUGUGGAACAAACAUGCCGUCGAUGAGAGUCUCUGCACUUCAGUAUUACUUUCUUACAUAGCAGAGAGCUCUACUUCAUAUCCAAUGCUUCUUGGUGAAGAUUUUGCAAAGGAUCUGAAAUUACAAAUGACAUUGUUUCUUGCAUCAAAGUACAUGAUAGACUUCAGAUCAAGUCAUUGCACACAGCUGCCUACAAAUUUAUUCAGAAUGCCUUGGGAUCUCUCUCCGGAAUCUGAUUAUGUAAAAAUAUGAAGAAGAAGUAAUUAUGGAGAUACGAUUAAGAAAAUAAGUGAUACACUGUUUAUGGAUGUAUACUGCAUAAGAUUUUACAUUGUAGUGCUUUUAUUGUGUAUCUAUGUAUAUAGUCAGAAUGGUACCAUGCAUUCCAUUUCAUUUUUCUUUGUAUAUUUAUUUUCAUUGACUCAUCAUUAUAUAGAGCUUACAACUGGUAA